AUGACCGACGACGAAUCGACAAAAAGUCCGGCUGUUCCCUCAAAGAGGAAGGGAAAUGCACCAGCAAGACCCGGCAAGAGGACGAAGAAGGGCGAAGCGGACAAGGAAUAUGAAAGGAUUGCAUAUGGAAGCGUCAAAGACCCAACACCUCGUAGAAGGCUUAAUGUCAAACGUUUGGACCUUGAUUGGACUUAUGUGGGAGGAGAAUUGGCACCGCUGGUGGAGGGGCAGGAUACGGUUCCAGAGAAGCCUGCAAAGAAGAGAUGGCAGCAUCAUGGCCCUGAGCCACUCACGGACUAUAACUUGGUGCCUGAUGACUGGAGCGCAUAUGAUGAUGAUUUAGACGCCGAGGACCUGGAAGGUCAGAUCGAGCGAUGCAAGGAGAGAAUCACAGAUAACAUUUUGCCACACAUUUUUGAGGCACGCUUGCAGGGGCUGGAACUCGAACUGGACAGACGGGUUAAGACAGCUGAGAGGGAAGCCGAAGGUCUCAGUUGGGAUGUUAUCAAGCGGAUACAGCAUCUUAGAUUGAUUGGUAAAUCGCUUUACAGUCAGCGGGACCCUCAAGAGAAACUAGUCACGAUCAUGGCUCUUUUGGAUGCAUAUAAUACCAAAAAGCUCGAGUGGACCCCUGGACUCAUCACGUAUUGGCAGAAAGGGCGGCAGCUAUGUCAACCAAGACCAUUUGAUUGGGAUGAAUACGAAGCAGUACAACGUGAAAAUGGUGAUAUCUGGAGUUUCUGGGUGGAAGGGAUCAGGUUGGCUGUCCGUAUACCAGGUUUGCAAGCAUGGGCAGAGCUCGAUUUCUUGUGGGAUACUGGAGCAUGCAUGAUGAACAUAUAUCAAAGUGAUCUUAACACUAUUAUGGGAGCCAAUGCUGGUGACCUGCUUGGUACUGUUCCGGGCCGUUGGAACGCGGUUCCCAGCAUUGGCUCAAUUAUCAUGGCCGGCGUAGGAGGAAUUCUUGCUCCAGCAGUAUCAGUAGUCGAAUUGGAAAUAACCUUGCUAGACGCGAACCGCCAACGGAUCAUUCCAUGGACGAGAGUGCAGGCUAGCGUGAAUUCUGGCGUCUAUAAACCGGGCGGUACGGAUCAUCGGCUUGAUGGACCGUGGCUGCGGUCUCUUUUAUUCAUCGGCUCUGCGCCAGACAACAAUCUCAGUCGCCAGGUGAUUUUUUCAACAUGCAAAAGUAUGGCAUUACCAGCACUCAACGUGGCCAGAGUUCCUCGAGUAGGCAUGGCCUACGGUGCGGGCUUCUUUGCCCCACCUGUGGUUCCGGUGCAGCUGAUUGCGACACCCGGGGUGGCUGGAGUUCCUCCGGUCGCCCCUGCAGCUCCAGCAGCCAUGCUUAUGCCACUUCCAGCUGCCUUGCCUCCUGGGCCUCUUGUUCCUGUACCUGAGCCAAUGCCUGUAGGUGUGCCGGCUUCCUUAACCCCACUUUGGGGACCUGGGCCUGCAGGGCCGUAUAUUCCUCCUCCUGGUGUUCCUAUGCCUGCUGUCCCGGCAGGCAUAUAUCCAGUUGGGGGUCCGCCUGCGCCUUGA